UCUGCACCUUCACAGGUCCAAUGUCUGCACCUUCACAGUUCCAAUGUCUGCACCUUCAUAGGUCCAAUGUCUGCAUCUUCACAGGUCCAAUGUCUGCACCUUCACAGGUCCAAUGUCUGCAUCUUCACAGGUCCAAUGUCUGCACCUUCACAGGUCCAAUGUCUGCAUCUUCACAGGUCCAAACAAUGUCUGCACCUUCACAGGUCCAAACAAUGUCUGCACCUUCACAGGUCCAAUGUCUGCACCUUCAUAGGUCCAAUGUCUGCAUCUUCACAGGUCCAAUGUCUGCACCUUCACAGGUCCAAUGUCUGCAUCUUCACAGGUCCAAACAAUGUCUGCACCUUCACAGGUCCAAUGUCUGCACCUUCAUAGGUCCAAUGUCUGCAUCUUCACAGGUCCAAUGUCUGCACCUUCAUAGGUCCAAUGUCUGCAUCUUCACAGGUCCAAACAAUGUCUGCACCUUCACAGGUCCAAACAAUGUCUGCACCUUCACAGGUCCAAUGUCUGCAUCUUCACAGGUCCAAUGUCUGCAUCUUCACAGGUCCAAUGUCUGCACCUUCACAGGUCCAAACAAUGUCUUCACCUUCACAGGUCCAAUGUCUGCACCUUCACAGUUCCAAUGUCUGCACCUUCACAGGUCCAAUGUCUGCAUCUUCACAGGUCCAAUGUCUGCACCUUCACAGGUCCAAACAAUGUCUUCACCUUCACAGGUCCAAUGUCUGCACCUUCACAGUUCCAAUGUCUGCACCUUCACAGGUCCAAUGUCUGCAUCUUCACAGGUCCAAUGUCUGCACCUUCACAGGUCCAAUGUCUGCAUCUUCACAGGUCCAAACAAUGUCUGCACCUUCACAGGUCCAAACAAUGUCUGCACCUUCACAGGUCCAAUGUCUGCAUCUUCACAGGUCCAAACAAUGUCUGCAUCUUCACAGGUCCAAACAAUGAAGUGAGUCUGGAGACAUAUGACUCAGCGCUUUGGGGAA